GAUGUGGGGACGAACUCUACCCAAGUGAAUUUACGAUGGCUCGAGUUCAUGAACCGCAGUCCAGCUACCAUCGUUGUAGAGACAAGUGUAAUACUCCUUAUUGCACUGAUUGCCAUUGGAGGAAAUCUUCUGGUAGUAAUCUCCAUCUAUCGUAAUCCCAGUCUUCGUUCCAUCACUAACUACUUCGUACUCUCGCUCGCUGCGACUGAUGUCGUGUAUCCAGCAGUAGGACUGCCUCCUUCUCUAAUUUGGUCUAUUAUGAGUCGUUAUACUUUUGAGCAAAACGUAUGUACCUUUCAAGCCGUGUGUACACUUGCUUUGUCCUACGUUUCCAUCUGUAUGAUAGUGUUAAUGGCAAUCAAUCGGUUUGUUCGCGUUUGUAAGCCUCAGAAAUACAAGAAAGUGUUCAACAAGAUCACAUCUCUUGUGAUGAUCACUUUUGUGUGGGUAGUCAGUUUUAUACUAGUGACUUUAAGUAUAGCAAAUGGAGACAGGUUUGCCCUGGCUCGCUUCGUUCCCACGCAAAUAAGAUGUGGUAUUGUUUACGACAGGCGAAACACAUUCGCGAAAACUGUUGGAAAUACGCUCAAUGUGAUUUUCGUGUUCUUGCCCAUCGGCAUCAUCGUCUACUGCUACUUCAAAGUCUUCAAGAAAAUCCGAGAACACAAGAGAAACAUCGCUCCUGCCUCCAAUCCAAACAGCCUGGGCACAAGUGUACAAGAAAUCAAGGUCACGUGGACCAUGUUCGCAGUUUUGAUUGGGUUUUGCUCGACAUGGAUUCCAGCGGUUAUUAUACUUAUCUCUAACAAURCUUGUGACUUUUUCAAAUGCAMWGUACCUCGCCAGGCUAAUAUGGUACUACCAUUUGCAGCACUGGGCAGCUCUGCCAUCAAUCCUGUGAUAUAUGGAGCAAUGAACACUGCAUUCAGGAGAGAGUACAUUAAGAUCCUUCGCUGUAUGUAGAUCAAUGAAUGACGCCAUAUAUAGAGGCCCAGAAAUACAACAUCCUAACGAGGAGCCCCGAGGCCCUGAGCCCAUCCUUUUUUUCCGCUCCAUUUUUUUAUCUUGUUAAAACAACUCUUCGCUAUCAGUUUGUGAGGAAAUCCUUACACCAGUUCUAAAGUGAACCUGAGAUACCAAAAUUACGCGUAAAGUUCCUGCAGCAGUAUUUCAUGCAACACUGUAACAAAGCCUUGGUAAAGUCCAAAAACACAACGCUAAGUAGCUGCGCGCAGUAGCUCUUCAUUUAGUUUAGCUCUGGCGUUUGCUGUUUUGAAUGCAAGUCGCUCGUUACAACCACAGCAAGCGAAAUAGAAACUCUGGAGCCCAGGGUAGCAUUUAGUGUCUUUGCAAUCUGUAAAUAAUAAUAAUAAAUAAUGAUAACUUAAUCUGUAAAUAUAAGACCAUUGACAUAUGCUUAAUUACUUAGAACAUU